AUGUUAAUUGCAAUUCUCAAAAAUCUUCGACCACUUGUAAAUGUCUUCUCAGAUUUAUAUUUUCGAACUGUUUACUAUAUCUUCAAUUGCAUCUAUUUUUUUGUGACGAAACAAUCUGUUAAACGUCCUGAAGAUCACCUGCUGUUGUUAAGCGCAACAAAAGCUGCCAAACUGAUUCAUGAUGGCGAGCUUUCCUCUGUUGAUCUUGUUGAUGCAUAUAUUGAACGAAUUCGUGAAGUAAAUGGCAUAAUAAAUGCUGUAGUGCAGAAUGACUUUAUAAAAGCUCGUGAAACAGCUCAUGAAAUUGAUGAUUUUAUUAAAAAUCAUCAAAGGAGUACUGAAGAAUAUGAAGCGUUUUUCGCUGGAAAGCCAUUGUUGGGUGUCCCGUUUACGCUUAAAGACUGUAUUGAAGUAGAAGGACUGGUGUGCAGCGUUGGAAUGACCUAUCGUCGUGAUACUCGACCCGACAAAGAUGCAAUUGUUGUUCAACGGAUGAAAGAAGCAGGAGCGAUUGUUUUGGCUAUUACAAAUGUUCCAGAGGUUUGCAUGUGGUGGGAAUCUGUCAACACCCUAUAUGGUCGUUCAAAAAAUCCAUAUGAUACCCGACGUAUUACCGGUGGUAGCAGUGGCGGCGAAGCUGCAUUAAUUGGAGCAGCUGGUUCUGUGAUAGGCUUAGGAAGCGACAUUGGUGGUUCUAUUCGUAUGCCGUGUAACUUUAACGGUAUCUUUGGUUUAAAGCCCACACCUGGUUUCGUUCCACUUACUGGACACUGGCCUGCAGCUGAAGGGUACAGAGUCGAAAUGUUACGCAUCGGUCCUAUGUGCAGAUAUGCUGAAGAUCUGCUGCUAGUUCUUAAAGUUUUAGUCGGUAAUGAGCUGGCUGCAACGCUUCAGCUUCAAAAUCCUGUAAAUCUACGAAAAUUGCGUUUGUUUUACAUGGAAGGUUUGAAAACUCCUUUUGCCCAGACUGUUAGUUUUGAAUGCAAAGACGCAGUACGGAAGGCAGUGAUGUUCUUUGAAACAAAAUACGACGUUUGUGGUAUACGUCUUGACCUACCAUUUGCUCAUUAUGCAGUUGAAUUUUUUUUGCUGAGUAUGGAAGUGCCAGAAUCUCCUUCUUUUGCUCGCUAUAUGACAGAUUUAACGACCGACCUGAACUGUCUUUUGGAGCUUGGUAAAUGGGUUGUGGGGAAAUCAAAUCAUACAUUGCCUGGCAUAAUCGCCGGCAUAAUAGACAAACAAUCACCAUUCAACGAAGAUCAGAAAGCGAAGUUACUUGCUCAACGAGACCGCCUGAACAGGGAGCUGAAGGAAUUACUAUUAGACGACGGUAUUCUGUUGUUUCCAUCAUUCCCCACCGUGGCACCGUAUCAUAAUCAGCCACUUUUUACGCCACUUAAUUUUGCCUAUACCGCCUUGUGGAAUACGCUAGCUCUCCCAGUGGUCCAGUGUCCACUCGGACUCAAUCGAUGGGGCCUUCCAAUUGGAGUUCAAGCUGUUGGUUCACCAGGGACGGAUCGUCUGCUGAUUGCUUUAGCAAGAGAUCUAGAAGAUGCAUUCGGCGGUUGGAGGCCCGCAAUUGAUUAG